ACACUGUUGGUAAUUUGACGUUAGUGACACUUUAACGGUAUACGGUAUACGGUAUUUGUAUUUCAGAAUUCAGAAUAGGAGUUCUUUUUGGAAGGCGUUGAUUCUUGAUCUGCUAUUGCAUUAUUUGCAUUUACUUUUGUAUACUUUCCAGAAUGGGUGUUGAAGUACAAUCUAUUAAUCCCGGAGACGGUUCCACAUUUCCAAAAACUGGCCAGACUGUGAUAGUUCAUUAUACAGGAACAUUACAAAAUGGAACCAAGUUUGACUCUUCUCGUGAUCGUGGAACGCCAUUUAAAUUCCACAUCGGAAAAGGAGAAGUUAUUAAAGGCUGGGAUGAAGGUGUAGCCCAGAUGAGUGUCGGCCAGAGAGCUAAACUAGUUUGUUCCCCUGACUAUGCCUAUGGUUCAAGAGGUCAUCCAGGAAUUAUUCCACCAAAUUCCACUCUCAUUUUUGAUGUAGAGUUACUUGAAAUUCAAUAAACAGUUUCAAAGUUACACAAGUUACAAUUAUUUAAUUACAAUAAUUACAAAUACAUACUAAAGAGUUAUAACGUUAAGAUUCUAGCAGUUGAUAGAAUUUAUGUGUGCUGGCAUUAAUUUUGGAUAUGCAAUAAAAUAGUGUAAAAAUG